CACCAAUCAGCGGAGCAACGUCGUUCCAACCCCACAAAAGCCCAAAAACCCGGGCACCUCCCGCCGCCGCCGGCCGGACACGCCGAUGCCGAAGCCGGCGGCCUCCGUCGCCUCGCUCCUCCCGCAGCUAUGGCACCGCCGUUUUCUUCCCCCUACCCUCGUCCCGCGAGACCUUUCCUCCUUCUCUCCCCUCCUCACCAUCCACUCGGCACCACGCCGCUGCUCCCCGCUCCCCCCUUCCACGCACCUCACCGCUGCCGCAGUGUCAACCGCCGCCGCGGUGGAGGCCCCAACAACCACACCGUACCCAGUGUAUGAGCGGCUUCUGCCGUGCCCCUUGCAAGACGACCCUCCAAGAAUCGAGCACCUUGUUACUCGGGAGGACGAGAUGGCAGGCGAUUUCAUCUCCAGGUCUCUCGGCCUUCCUCCUCUGUAUGUUGCAGAUCUUAUCAAGUUUGGGGCUGUGUACUAUGCUCUUGUUGCGCCACAGCCGCCCCCAUACGCAGCUCCAGAGCAUGUUAGGAUCUUUAGGGAAGUGACCGAUCCUUCAGUCCUGCGCCGGAGGGCGUCCAUUAAGGGGAAGACAGUGAGGGAGGCGCAGAAAACAUUUAGGGUGACGGAUCCCAACCAACCCCUUGAGGCUGGCACGUAUCUACGGGUUCAUGUGCACCCCAAACGGUUUCCGAGGUGUUAUGAAAUUGACUGGAAAUCCAGGGUAGUAGCGGUUACUGACGACUAUGUUGUCCUCGAUAAACCAGCUGCAACAUCAGUGGGAGGAGCAACUGAUAACAUCGAGGAAUCCUGUGCAGUGUUUACUUCACGCGCACUAGGGUUGGAAACACCAUUAAUGACGACUCACCAAAUUGACAACUGCUCUGAAGGCUGUGUGGUGUUGUCUAAAACUAAAGAGUUCUGCUCGGUUUUCCAUGGACUGAUAAGGGAAAAACAGGUUAAAAAAGUUUAUCUCGCUCUUACCACAGCACCUGUGUCUACAGGAAUAAUUACGCAUUAUAUGCGUCCUGUUAAUCGUGCUCCUAGAUUAGUUUCAGAAGACCAUAUUGGAAAAUGGUACCUCUGUCAAAUGGAGGUACUUGAUUGUAAGAAGGUAACAUGGCCAAACUCUUUGAUCAGGAAAGCUUACAGUGUAAAUGACUCUGGAUGGCCCCAGCAAGAAGCUGCCUAUGAAUGUAGAAUCAAUCUCUUGACAGGCAAAACUCAUCAGAUAAGGGCACAACUUGCUGCCGUAGGCACUCCAAUUAUAGGGGAUUCUGCAUACAUGACUGCAGCAAUGGCAGCGAUGGCUAAUCCAAGCAUUAACCCAUUCGGUAGGGAAAAGCUGAGUUACAAUAGUGAAGAGGAGAAAGAAGCUGCCAUUGAAUCAUGGAUUGCUGCCCACGGCAAGGAACCAAAAUCUGUAAUUGGCCUGCAAGCAUCAGAGAUCUCAUGGGAGUACGAGGGUGAACGCCACAGCUAUAAGGCAGGGGUUCCAUGGUGGCAGCAGGAUUCAGUGGAGUCUGAUCUGGUAUGAGCAAAAGUGGUAGUAUAAGGGAAUAUCUACCAUGAACUGUAUCCUUUGAAGUUUGAAGUAACACCUUUGGUACAGUGGCAGAGCUUUGUAAGGGCCGAAGGGGGCCAUGGACCCCUGGCUUUGCAAAUUCUACACUAGAUGAACAGUGAUUUGAACACUGUUCAUUACUGUAGCAACGGGUGCCCCCUCAUUCUUCUGAGAUUAGAGAUCAAGCUCCGCCGGUGCUUUGGUACGCAUCCUGGUGGACAAGGUUCUGGAAGAUUGCCUCCCAACCGAAGAGAAACUGAUGUCCAGAUUACUAAUAGACGAUGGCAUAUGCCUGGGAUGGUAUGGCUGGCUGUCCACCAGCAACAAAAUACCUAACACACCGAAAAUGUUCAGGUUUAGUUUUUCACAAAAGAUGAGACCCGGCUGGUGCUGGGCCUGUUACUGUUAAGGUGCCACAUCUGUCAGAUUGUCACUGUUCCCUUGUUGCGCACAUUUUUGUCGGAUUUGGCUAGGUGUAGGUUUCUGUAACUGCUGUUGAUCUCAUGAUCUGUACUUUGUUCUUAGUACUGGCCGUAUGUAACAGUGUACACGGUCACACGGACACGUAAGAAUGGCUGGUUCCGUUUCUUUA